AUGGAUGUGAUCUUCCCAGAGCACGCCACGCACGUGAAUUCGCCUCCCCCACAAUACAAAGGCAAACACACAAAGUUUCACAAGGUUUCACAGUGGCAAAACACAAAGUUUCACAAGGUUCAGAAGAUUUCACAAGGUUUCACAAAGGAAAAACACAAAGUUUCACAAGGUUCACAAGGUUUCACAAGGUUUCACAAAGUUUCCCAAAGGAAAAACACAAAGUUUCACAAGUUUCACAAGGUUCACAAGGUUUCACAAGGUUUCACAAAGGCAAUACACAAAGUUUCACAAGGUUCACAAGGUUUCACAAGGUUUCACAAUGGCAAAACACAAAGUUUCACAAGGUUUCACAAGGUUUACAAGGCAAGCAAGCGACAGAGUGGUACCUUCCGCGUGCCAGCGCAGCAGCAGCAGGGCCCACGCAGCAUGGGCCGGAGGGAGGAGGGGGAGGAACCCUACGUGUGCCAGAGCAGCAGUAGACAUACGUCCCCGCAGCACGAGCGCGCGGUGAAGUGUAACGCCACCCCCAGCGUCCUGCGUCUACUCGCUGACCUUGGUUCAAGCUUCGACUGCGCCAGUAAGCAGGAGAUCUCCUCCGUUCUCUCUCACGGCGUCUGCCCCGACCGCAUUGUCUUCGCGCAUCCGUGCAAGAUGGCGUCGCACGUGACGUACGCCGCCGAGCGGCACGUCGCCAUGAUGACCUUCGACAACGAGCUGGAGCUGGUCAAGGUCAAGCGGCUGUACCCGGCCGCUAGGUUGAUUCUCCGUAUAGCGUGUGAUGACCGCGGCGCUCUGUACAAGGUGAACUGUCAGUACGGCGCGUCCCUGCACGACACACGACACCUUCUUACCGUCGCCCGCCAGCUGAACCUUGACGUCAUCGGGGUCAGCUUCCACGUCGGCAGCGGUUGCCCCGAGGUCGACGCAUGGAGCGUCGCUAUUAGCAACGCCAAACGUGUCUUCGAAGAGGGCGCUGAGAUCGGCUUCUCUUUCUCGCUGCUGGACAUCGGCGGAGGUUUCCCCGGCGAGACGACAACGCGCAUACCGUUCGACGACAUCUGUGACGCGGUGAGCUCUGCACUGGAGGAACAUUUUCCUGCCGACAGUCGUGUGCGUGUGAUUGCCGAACCAGGCCGAUACAUGGUCGGCUCAGCUCUGACUUUGGUCGUCAACGUCAUUGCCAAGCGUACUGUGUUUCGCGGCAACGAUGGUACGGUUAGAGUUGUAGCUAGUAACAGGCGGUGGAAGACGAGGGUAAAAGAAAGUGCCGUACCAGCAUCUGGGGACCCACGUGCGCAGGACUCGACUGCAUCCUGGCCGACGUCAUGAUGCCGGACGUAGACGUCGGCAGCUGGCUCGCC